AUGAGGCACGCCGCGUCGUGUGACCAGCAACUUCGACUUGCUGGCCAACUGGCCACGAACAAGAUUCGUCUCCUUAACCACGCCAUGGAGAACCUCAAGAAGCCGAACGGACGAACCAUCUUUCUCGAGCACGGCCUGCUCAGUGUUUUGGCCCUUUGGCUAGCGCCGUCUCACGAUGGCCAACUACCGCUACUGCAGAUACGACAAGAGAUACUGAAGCUGCUAUAUUUCGAGUACAGCGCCAUUCGCGCGGCCCAGCUGAAGGACUCCGGUCUAGGACAGCGAAUCUUCCAGUUGGCCAGAAACCAGCAAGAAACGGCCGAAAACCGUAAGCUGGCUGAAGCGCUCAUAGCGAGAUGGGCACGCGAAGCGUUCAAGAUACCGACCGACUAUGCCGCCAUUUCGUGCGCCGAACGCUCGCAGAUUGAUCUCGAACGAGCGAUGAAAACGGGUGUCCAGCAGAGGCCGAUUGUCCAAACGAAAAAGCCGGUGCGAUGUUUCUUACCCUUUGGUACGGGCAACCAGCAAGAGAGUUCUCACGCUGCUCAGGAUCACAGCUGUCUCAGGACACGUGUGCCGAUGGUAUCGAUGAAGGACUACGUUGUUAGACCCCGUUCGCAACGAGCCGUCGAAGAGGCCACUCGAACGAAAGAAAGUUGGAGCGAUAAGUUUGUUAAAAACUAUUUGAAACGUAAGAUGGCGAACCGUUCCGAACGGAACCGAAUGCUGAACAUAUCGAAUGCAUCAAACGCAUAA